ACCUGAAAAGACGUAGAUGUGUCUUCAACGGACUUUAAGGGAUUUAUUUCAAUGCUUUUAUUCUUGGACUUUUUUCAAGUUUUUAUUGUGUAGUUCCAGAUGACUUUCCCUGGAAGAAGAGUCUGUUCGUGGUGUCCACAGCUCAUGUCGAGUACAUCCUGGGGGGCUCGCUUUUCAUGACAAGUCAUUUGGCGACGUCAUGUUAACAAAAUGCAUCAGAUUGCGACUGGCAUCAAUAUUCCAAACUCGUCUUCCACGGCAGGGAAGCUGAGCUGCCGGCAGCCGUGGGCGGCCUUGUUGUUUUCAGGGACGGAAACAGCCUGAAAGACACGAGACAACAACGUGUCACAAGGUUUCGUGGGCUUUAUGUUCUAUUUAUUGUCUAGUUAUCGUCUAUUCAUCGUCUAUUCAUCGUCUAUUCAUCGUCUAUUCAUCGUCUAUCGUCAUCUAUUCAUCGUCUAUCGCCAUCGAUAAUGGAAUAACGGUCGUUCCAAGGCUCCAUGUCAGCCGCACCUCAUUCCGGCCAGCCAGUCCAUCAGAUUAGAGGUGUUAGCAUCAUUUUCCAAUGACUUCCUUCAGUCAUUAGGGAGCCACAAUAAUUGUUGAACCUUCAUUGCUUUGAUUGCUGGUGUGGAGUGGAUCAAUGGCGACGGGACACGGGGCAUCAAUACCUGUCAUGGUGUCACCAAGCCUUCCAAAGACAUGACGAGUCACAAGUUGACUGCGGAGUAAUUUUUAAUGAGCAUGGAGCCUGAUGGAUCGCUUGUAGAAAGCAAUCAUUUAUUCUCUUCCUGGACUUUUCCACCAGGACGAUGAUCGGAUGGGAAUGUCAUAGACGCCCGUGGCCCAUUUCCAUCACACAUCUGAUGAAGGCCUGAGAAGGGUGGUGGAGGCUUUGGACUAGGAUGGUUCCCCUUGGCGUCUGGUAGUAUUUAAAAGCACCUGAAACGAGCAGGAGAUAUUCUAGCUGACUGUGGGUUAUUGAUACCGUUGAUACAGCAAAAUAAUAAUUAUUAAGGAAAAUGGGAGAAACAGGGACAACAUUCCUGAUGUUUGCUGGGCUCACCAGAUGGAUGAACAGAUGUGUUUAUAAUGUGUGGUACAGCAGUCCCUCUUUUAUUGCCAUAAUUGGUAAUAAUAAUAAUUCAAGACCAGAAGUGAAGUUCCACAAAGCAGGCUUCCUUAUUUGUAAAUGGGAUACUUCCCCACCGCCUGAUAUGGCUAAUAUUAUUAGAGCCCUGUAGACAUGAAAUAACACCCCUACAGUCACCUGUACCCUCCCAUUAUGCAGUAUAGUAGACAUAAUAUGAGAAAAUAAUACAUAAGACCAUGUUUGUGUGUGUUGCUGGAAAUGUUCAGCCUGGCAGUAGGAAUGUUUUUGCAGAAUAUUGUACCUUUUGUGGAAUAAUUCAAACCUGUUGCUUUGGCAAUCAGGUCUUGUGCUCCGUGUUGAUGCCAUUACUGACACCUAGUGACCAUUUACAGGUCCAAUGUCCCCUGCUGGUCAGCGUUGGAAUGGCAAGCCUCGCUGCUGGUGCAGUAUAAUGUGUUUGUGGCACCAGCUGUAUCAGUGGCGGUCCAAAUAUAUCAGUGGCGGUCCGCCCCUAAUGAAUGAAUAGAUGUGAAACGGUGCAGUAAUCUUUGCAUGGCGAGGCGGCGUCGUGCAGCGGCUGCUACUCAAUAUGGAUGUCAUUGUGUAGAAGUACAUUAAGAGUACUACAAGUACUACUAGCGCAUUUACAGCCAAUGAGGAUCGCACGAAGAUGACAUCAGCAGCAUCGACCUGUUUACGGGCUCCCGGUGAUGACGGCCUUUUGCCAGAGAUGUCAAGCCAAGUUAUUUUCCGUCAAAGGCGGGAUGACGGCACGGGUCGGUCCACGCUGAUAAUGGCCGCUCCACCACGCUGUCGGCACACAAACAAGAGACCCGCCGCCCCGCCGCGAGUGAUGCCGGUAAUCAAGCUAGCAGCGGGUCAGACAGACAGCAAUCAAGCCACGGACCCGGCCUCACUCAGCACGGCCUCCUGUAUCGGGGGCGGCCCGGCGACCCCCACCGAGGCCCAUCUGCUCUGCAUUUCAUCUCAAAGUGCCUUAACUGGCUAUCUGCCUGCUCGCCGCCCUGCGGGGGCGGGGGCUCGGGUGGGGGGCGGCUUCUGAGGAUUGGACCUACAUUUGCUUUAGACUUUCUGCAGUGUUGGUUGUGCUUGGUGCGACCGACGCCCAUUUUAGUGCUGGCGUUUUAGUCUCUCAAUAAAUAACAAUCACAAUGGCCGUCCCUGUCACUUAUACAGAUGCAGUACAGAUAAAGUACAGAUAUAGUACAGAUAUAGAUACAUCUAUAGUAUCUCUAUCUUUAUUGGAAAGUGUUUCAUUUACAACCAAAGACUAUCAAAUGAAAAUGACGCUAUAGGUUAUUCACCACAUUUGGCAAAUAAUGAUCAAAUAGAAAGAGAAUAUAGUCAAACAUACGGUAUAGUAAGAUGUACUUCAUAAAGAAAUAACAAAACCAAAACUAAGAGUACUGUAGCUAAAGAUGGGUAAUCAGAAGGGAAGAAAAAAUCAGGGGAAAACACAAAGUCGGAGUAGUUAGAUGGAACGGAAAGGACCGCCAAUCCCCCCUAUGACUUUGGUGAUCUUGGUACAGUCCUCUAACCUGGCCCGCACGAGCAAGCCCCGCCCACUAAUCUCAGUCGGCGCUUUCAAACUGGCAACAGCUGCACGUCCACGCAGUGCAGACCCCCGCCUCGGCGCUGCGCCUCAUUAAGAUGUGGCUGGUGAGACAGAGACAAGCAUCUCAAUGUGCAAACGGUGGCGAGCGAGCGGAACGCCAGAGGUGAGAACCGGCGGAGGAGAAGCCCAACACCAGCAUGGCGUCGUCCUUCAUCCCACGCAAGAAGACGAAAGCGAGAGACCAACUCUGAUGAGGAGUCACCAGAUGAGGAGCAGCUGAAGCUCCGCAAACAGAAGAACCUGAAAGAGCUUGGGAGAGAAACCAAGGCUGAAAGGAGACCACGUGAAAGAGACGGUGGACACCAUGAGAGGUAUCUUCUCCUUCUCAUUCAUCCAAGGAAAGUAAAGCUAAUGAUCAAGCGGAAGCUUUCUAUGACUGAUGUUUUUUCCCCAAAUCCCAAGACUAGACCGUUAUGGUUUCACCGAUUGAAGAUGGACGGGGAAUAAGAAUAACACGAGGUCUUUGUGUUUCUUCACCUGCAGGACAAGCCAAAGUAGGUCAUUGCAGGUCUUCAGCAAGCAGUAGGACAGUAAUUGAUAGACCCCCCCCCGGUGCCAAACUGAUGUUGACGUCUUCUGAUUUCAGAUCAACAUUUGUAAUAAGAGUGUGUUGUAAUUCUUUCUCUUUCUCAUCCCUCAUGUAGUCCCACUAAACGUAUGGCGAACCCCUCCCUCCCUGGUAAAGCCACGGUCAGUCUUGUCCGUCGGGGUCGGGCGGCCCACAGGAAGAUGGAGGCGGCGAUGUGCGCUACGAAUACGUGCGCGAAGGCCUGCUACACGCCAGCGACUUCAUCAGCCGGUGGAGAUCCACGACUCCAAGAAGCAAACAGGAAGAGGGAAAACGGCGGAGGUACUGCCGGCUGCGGGGAAAACCGGGACAAGUGUCGGUGUGGAAUUCCGUCCAUUCAAGGGAAGCUGGUCCUGAAGCGAGCUGUGCAGACACGCUACCUCUGCGGUGCUUCCCAAAUGUGGAUGUUCGAGGCUGAUCAUCAUCAUCAUCAUCCACAAGCAGAAGACAGGUCCUUGAAGGCAGCACGGCAAUGGAGGCCACCUGUGUCCAAUCAUCCAAUCAACCAGCAGUCUAAAGCUCCCGGACUUGAGUGCUGCCUUUCAUUUGGGGAGAGGCACGUCACAGAGAGGAGCAGCAUGAUCCACGGGCUUUGUGCCGAUCUCCCGGGGCCCUGGUUCCAGUGUGUGUGUGUGUGUUGGCGGUGUGGCGGCAGAGCAGUGGAAAGAAGGCACCGUGGCUCCAGAGAAGCAGGGCAGCUAAAGCAUGUGGUGAGUGAGUGGAUGGUUGGUGUCUUUCAGGUCGGCGGCAGAGCAGCGGUUCCAGAAAAGGCUGGCGACCAGUAAAGGGUCCUCGGUUCCAGCGUGUGCGAGUCCAAAGCAAGGCAGCUAAAGUGUGUGGUAAGUCAUGGUGGUAGACGGUUCAUUGUGUCUUUCAGGUUUCAUUACAUUUCAGGUUGCCAACCACUAAAUGGCCCCUUGUGUGUAGUACGUGGUUGACGUCUCCAGAACAGGUCCUCGUUGUGUGUGAGUCAAAGGCCAAGGGAACAACGGUAUGUAGUAAGUAAAUUGAUGUCUUUUGGUACUGUUUCAGGAGCAGUGGAAUGCAAAGAAGGUGCCACGGUUCCAGAAAAGGUUGACUACCACAGAAUGGGCCUUGGUUCCAGUUUGUGAGUAAAAAGCAGUAAGCGGUUGACCUGAUGGUCUUAUGGUAACCUUUCAGGUUGGUGGUGUGCCUGAGUCAAUGGAUGGUUCAUAGUGUCUUUCAGGAAAGGUAAGCAACCACUAAACAGAUUGUUCAUGAUGUCCUUUGGUCAUGUUUUCGGUUGGUGCUCCAGAAAAGGUAAGACCUUGCUUUAAAAGUGUUUGUGUGCAGACUGCUCUUCUUUUCCAGGUUCAUCUGUUAGCAAUCUGGAACUGGUGAGUACACUAAACAUUCAUGUAGAGUAACGGUUUUCUUCCGGUCUAGCCCUGGCAGACUUCAAGCAAAGGUAAGACUGCUACUUGAUUCAUUUUCUGACACUUUAACACACUAACAUUGAGCCCUUUAUUUUACAGGUGCCCAUGAUGGAGACUACAACCACAUAAGAAGACAUCAUCCAGGACGGGUGAAGAAGAAGAAGAAGAAGAAGAAGAAGAAGAAGAAGAAGAAGAAGAAGAAGAAGAA